AUGCCUCGUCCCUCUCUGCCCCCUAUUGACCCCAGCACACCCCCGGAGCUCAUAUGUCCCUGUCGCAAGCGUGUGCGACCACAGCUGGGAGCAUCUUGCGAGUUCUGCGCCUCGAAGUCCAAGCGACAGGCGGCCAAACGGCUUGAGGGGCGCCAAAAGGGCAAAGUGGCCAGAAAAUUGUCUGAGUUGAACGAACAUCCUGUAUUCAGCACCAAGGUCGACCUACAGACAGCCGCCAUGAGUCUUCUACGCGCCCAUCAUGCUUCUCCAGAGACAUUUAUCCACGCCGCUGGACAUGCCGAUGAACCAUCCGAUGAGGUGAUAAGUAUAAGGGGCUCGUAUCAGUCACCAGUGGAGAUACAAGCAGCUUGGAGCGUUCCACCAGGAGAGAGACCAUUGAAUUUUGGAGACGCAGAGCAAUUCUUGCGACGUAUAGGUCCAACGAUAGCAGGUGUGGAUACUGACUCCCCUUACAAAUUCACCUACCACGACAUCCCUCAUUCUACCGACAUUCCUGAUACCAGCACCGAUUAUGAUUGCGUUGCCCGCUUCAUAUGUUGUCAGAGCCUUCAGUCUAAACGCAACGGUCGCGAAAAGGAAAAGGAUCCUUCAAAGAAGGCCCGCCUUGGCCGCACGUGUAUGCGUCGUUUCGAUUGCCAAGGUGAGAUGACGCUUCGAUAUGACUUCGCCUUGAACGCCCUCAGGCUUUGUAUCAAGCACAGCAUCCCACAUGUCACUUACCAGAGCGUCACGUUCCCGGAUGAAGCUUUAACCGUUGUUGAACGACUGGUCGCAGAUGGAACGGUUGAUAUAACGCCCAUUAUGCAGCGUAUCACUUUCAAGUUUCCUCAUCUGACCUGGAUAAGUCGAGCUCAGGUCCGCAACGCCGUGCGGGAGACGCUCUCCUCGCGUUAUCUGCUGGACAAAGAGCCUAUUCAAUCUCUCAGAGCAGGCCUUGCACAAGCGGCAGAGAACGGUUCAGUGGGACUGAUCGAUAUAGACGUCCCUGGGGUAACGGCAAUAGCUUGGGCUGUUCUUCCUAUCUUGGACGAGAUCAAAAGACGUCACUUGACAGUUGAGGAAGCUUUCAUGGAUGCGACUUGUGAGUUCCAGGAGCGGGCGGUGACGUCUAACACGAGAGAUACCAACACCCAGCGCGAGAAGAGGCGGGGGAAGGGACGAUGGUAUGUGAGGUUCUACGACGCCAUGAAAGCUGUAGCAAGUAUGAAACACGGUGAGCCAGGUAGCUCUGCAGAUGUAAAUUAG